AUGGCUGACGCACCGCCAUCGCCCAAGGCCAUCCUCCGCGGCCACAAGGCCCAGAUCCACGCCGCCGCGUUCCUGAGAGACAAUGAGCGCCUCGCGACCGGCGACGCCGACGGCCAUGUCGUCAUCUGGGACCUAGCUAUCAUGCGGCCUGCCGCGUCCUGGCGGGCUCACGAGAACGCCAUCCUGGGGCUCCAGGGCUGGGGUCGGGACAAGUUUAUCACGCAUGGACGCGACCACAAGCUCAUAGUGUGGAAGCUCGGGGUUGAGGAUGAAGCCGCCCUCAGCAAGGCGUUGCCCGUCGAGAGCGUCCCCUCGCCGCGCCCAAACCCGUGGAUGUUGCACCUCAUCGAGGUCAACACCCUCAACUUCUGCUCUUUCGCCGCAUGUGCGAGCCACGAGGGCGCCGGUCCCCUCGACCCCCGUGACCUCGGCGCCUCGUCCGACAUCUUGGUCGCCGUGCCAAACACGCUCCUGUCCGAGGCCAUUGACAUCUUUGCGCUACCCAGCCAGACGCGCGUGCAUACUGUCAAGCCCGGCGCCCAGAACGGCAUGGCCAUGUGCCUGCGGCUACUGCACCUCGGCGGGAGCCUCACGCUCCUCGCCGCCUUCGAGAACGGCUUCGCCUCCCUGCACCGGCUGGACGCCGCGUCGGGCGAGUGGACGACCACGUACCGCUCGCAGGCGCAUUCACAGCCAGUCCUCUCCCUCGACCUGCACCCCAGCCUCGACUUCUUCCUCACCUCAUCCGCCGACGCCAUCAUCGCCAAGCACCCCAUCCCGACCAGCCGGCAACCGCUCGCAGAAGCCACCGCAGACGAGUCAGACGCUGAUGAGGAAAUCGUGCGCGACACGGAACCUGCACCGUCCCUCCUCUCCAAGGCGUUCAACGCCAACCCCACGCAGCCUCACGCAAUGCAGCAGCAAAAGGUUCAGCCAUGGGCACACCCGCUCAAGACAGUCAACACCAAACACGCCGGUCAGCAGAGUCUGCGCAUUCGCUCCGACGGCAAGAUCUUCGCCACAGCAGGCUGGGACUCCAACGUGCGCGUCUACUCGUGCAAGACCCUCAAGGAGCUCGCCGUCCUGCAGUGGCACAAGGCGGGCGCCUACGCCGUGGCCUUUGCCGACGUCGGACAGGACUACGCCGAACGUCUGCCGGCCACCGAGGCCACUGCUCAGAAGCACACAGAUGCUCCGACGACGGCGACGACGACAAGCUCCGUCGUCACGGGUACUGGCAGCGGCGGCGCACUCUCGGGCGUCAAGGAACGUCGCAUUAGGCAAGCCCGAGCGGCGCACUGGAUCGCUGCCGGCGCCAAGGAUGGCAAAGUCAGCCUCUGGGACGUGUAUUGA